CCGAUUUUAACUCUAUCAUUUUGGGAAAAAAUGGACAGUGUUUAUAUCCCUCUGAUGCACAAAUAUAAAGGUGCAGUGGUGCUGUGCCAGGACAUGCGGGGGCCGGAUCUAGAGGUCACCUUGGCCGGACUCGGAGGUCUCCGCCUGAAGAAGUUGGAACUGAGGCGGGUGAACGCGUCCUCUCUCUGGGGGCCCUUCCGGGGGUGGCUGGCGGGGGACCUGGUGCUCGAGGGGGUGAGGGUGGAAGACGACUCCAUGAGACGCGGGAGACACCUGUUUCGGGGCCUGGAGAGCGCCCUCAACAGCCUGGAGAUGAGGAAGAUGGAGAUCUCGAGCCUCCAGCUGGACCAUCUGACGCACCUCGUGGUGUUGAUUCUGGAAGACAACUCGAUACCUUCGGUGGACAACGAUUGGUUCACGACGGGCCCCAGGUCCUUGUCGAACCUGUACCUGGCCCGAAAUGGCAUCGCCGACCUCGGCAACGGGGCGUUCUCGGCCCUGGUCGGACUCAGACACCUGGACCUGUCCAGGAACGAGAUCCGGAUCAUCACCAGAUCCAUGCUCCCGGACCAGGACAGCAGGCUAUCUACGCUGGACCUAUCACGAAACCUGCUCCGCGACCUGCCCGACGACCUGUUCUCCGGGAUGCCCUUCAUCCGGGAGGUGGACGUGUCCGGGAACGUCCUGCAGACGAUGCGGGAGGACAUCUGGAUGCCGGUCUUCAACCAUCUCGAAAAGAUGAACCUGGACGGGUUACCUUCUUUAUAG